CUCGCGUACAUGCACUCGCUCAACCUGCAGCACCGCGACCUCAAGCCGGCCAACGUGAUGCUCGACUCGACGGGCCGCGCGAAGAUAAUCGACUUUGGGCUCGCGUGCGUCUCUUCCGCCUCGCGGUCGCGCACCAAGACCAAGGUGGGCACGAACGCAUACAUGUCGCCGGAGAAGACCGCGGAGAAGCGGUACGGGCCGGCGGACGACGUGUGGGCGGCCGGCUGCAUCCUCGCCGAGCUUCUGCUCGGCCGCCCGAUC